GUGAAUGAUAUCAGUCAGAUGUUUCAAAGUCGAGAUAAGCAAGCAGUAUAAGUAGCGGAGCCUCUAGGAAGGCAGUGCACAGCUGGAAGCAAAACGGCGAGACGUGCUCGAGAUGAAGACGCUCUUCAUCCUAUUCGCUAUCCUAGGGAUAACAGCAGCAAAGGCUGUUCCCGUUCACCGUGUGAAUGCACACACUCGCGACCUGCAGGAUGACCUCAACGACUUCCUCGCCCUCAUUCCCAUCGACGAAAUUGUGAACAUUGUGCUUAACCACUUGGCCAAUGACCCUGAGGUGCAGGCUGCCGUUGAAUACGUGCUCUCUGAUGACUUCAAGAGCAUUGUCCUGGCCAUCGACGCUCUCCCAGAGUACAUUGAUUUUCUCAACUACCUGCAAGAGUCCGGCCUCGAUGUCUACAAAUACGUGAACAUGCUACACGACUUCCUGGGACUGCCCCAGCUUACUCCUCCGUCCAAGCUGAGACACACCAGGAGCAUCCGUUCCAUGGUCGACGAGAUUCUCGCCAUCUUGCCACUGGACGAACUCCGCGCUCUGUUCGACGAGAAGCUGCAAACCAGCCCCGACUUCAAGGAGCUGUACGACAGGAUCAGGUCUCCCGAAUUCCAGUCGAUCGUGGAAACUCUGAACUCUCUGCCAGAGUACCAGGAGCUGCUCCAGAAACUGAGGGACGUCGGGAUCGACGUCGACGCAUUCAUUGAUCUGAUUCGCGGUCUCUUCGGCCUCAAGAAGGCCAACCGCAACCUCCAGGAUGACCUCAACGACUUCCUCGCCCUCAUUCCCAUCGACGAAAUUGUGAACAUUGUGCUUAACCACUUGGCCAAUGACCCUGAGGUGCAGGCUGCCGUUGAAUACGUGCUCUCUGAUGACUUCAAGAGCAUUGUCCUGGCCAUCGACGCUCUCCCAGAGUACAUUGAUUUUCUCAACUACCUGCAAGAGUCCGGCCUCGAUGUCUACAAAUACGUGAACAUGCUACACGACUUCCUGGGACUGCCCCAGCUUACUCCUCCGUCCAAGCUGAGACACACCAGGAGCAUCCGUUCCAUGGUCGACGAGAUUCUCGCCAUCUUGCCACUGGACGAACUCCGCGCUCUGUUCGACGAGAAGCUGCAAACCAGCCCCGACUUCAAGGAGCUGUACGACAGGAUCAGGUCUCCCGAAUUCCAGUCGAUCGUGGAAACUCUGAACUCGCUGCCAGAGUACCAGGAGCUGCUCCAGAAACUGAGGGACGUCGGGAUCGACGUCGACGCAUUCAUUGAUCUGAUUCGCGGUCUCUUCGGCCUACCAACAAGCUCCAGCAACAAGAUUCGUUUCCAUGUACCUGCCAAGAAGGCCAACCGCAACCUCCAGGAUGACCUCAACGACUUCCUCGCCCUCAUUCCCAUCGACGAAAUUGUGAACAUUGUGCUUAACCACUUGGCCAAUGACCCUGAGGUGCAGGCUGCCGUUGAAUACGUGCUCUCUGAUGACUUCAAGAGCAUUGUCCUGGCCAUCGACGCUCUCCCAGAGUACAUUGAUUUUCUCAACUACCUGCAAGAGUCCGGCCUCGAUGUCUACAAAUACGUGAACAUGCUACACGACUUCCUGGGACUGCCCCAGCUUACUCCUCCGUCCAAGCUGAGACACACCAGGAGCAUCCGUUCCAUGGUCGACGAGAUUCUCGCCAUCUUGCCACUGGACGAACUCCGCGCUCUGUUCGACGAGAAGCUGCAAACCAGCCCCGACUUCAAGGAGCUGUACGACAGGAUCAGGUCUCCCGAAUUCCAGUCGAUCGUGGAAACUCUGAACUCGCUGCCAGAGUACCAGGAGCUGCUCCAGAAACUGAGGGACGUCGGGAUCGACGUCGACGCAUUCAUUGAUCUGAUUCGCGGUCUCUUCGGCCUACCAACAAGCUCCAGCAACAAGAUUCGUUUCCAUGUACCUGCCAAGAAGGCCAACCGCAACCUCCAGGAUGACCUCAACGACUUCCUCGCCCUCAUUCCCAUCGACGAAAUUGUGAACAUUGUGCUUAACCACUUGGCCAAUGACCCUGAGGUGCAGGCUGCCGUUGAAUACGUGCUCUCUGAUGACUUCAAGAGCAUUGUCCUGGCCAUCGACGCUCUCCCAGAGUACAUUGAUGUAAGGAUCCCAUACCUAUGCCAGUUGUAGACAUUGCAAUAUACCUUUAUUACAAACACGUUAAACUGUUAUCUUCUUCACCUCCAGUUUCUCAACUACCUGCAAGAGUCCGGCCUCGAUGUCUACAAAUACGUGAACAUGCUACACGACUUCCUGGGACUGCCCCAGCUUACUCCUCCGUCCAAGCUGAGACACACCAGGAGCAUCCGUUCCAUGGUCGACGAGAUUCUCGCCAUCUUGCCACUGGACGAACUCCGCGCUCUGUUCGACGAGAAGCUGCAAACCAGCCCCGACUUCAAGGAGCUGUACGACAGGAUCAGGUCUCCCGAAUUCCAGUCGAUCGUGGAAACUCUGAACUCUCUGCCAGAGUACCAGGAGCUGCUCCAGAAACUGAGGGACGUCGGGAUCGACGUCGACGCAUUCAUUGAUCUGAUCCGCGGACUUUUCGGCCUGCCAACCAGGUCGAAGUAUUAAUC